AUGAGCCCUGCGAUCCCUGCGCUAAAAUCAGGACGCCUUCGCACGCUGCUCUUUUCCAGUGUCCUCUUCGCGCAUUUGGUCGCAGCAGCAGGGCCCGCGGAUGCGCAGCCGCAGGAGAAUGCUAAUGUCGUCUCGGUGGUGGAAGCAGGGGAGCGUCGCAGCCUGCUCGCCGACUUUCCGAAAGGGCCACUGAUAUCCAUGAUCCACGAAACCAUCAAGGACGAGAUCCACAACAGCACCCAGGGCAUCGAAAAACAAGUUGCCAAAAUUGUGGCAAAACAGAUAGGAGAUCAGGUCAUCAGUGACAUGAGCAACAUGACCAGCGGGGCACUGAACUCCAUGGGUUUCAGUAAUCCACAGCAACUUGGUCAGUACAUCGGCAGUUGGGCCGGCUGGCUCGUCACCAUCCUAACCUCCGCGGCCAACACCGUUAUCGUACAUGGCGGUGGCGGCGGCGGCGGUGUUGGCGGCGGUGGCGGCGACGACGACGUCAUCGCGGGGCCUACUGAAGGCACGGACGAGGUGACAGUUAAUGUGGCGGGGCCGGGGGCGGACGGCGAGGAGUACGGCAAUGUGAGUAAUGAAGCCGGCGGUGGCUCCGGAGCCGUGAACGCCGCCGUACUAGGAAACGUGACGGAGGCUGAUUUGCUGAGGCUACAGGGGGUGCUCCGUCAGCUGCAUGAGCUGCAUGAGAAGAUGCCGUCCGUUGGGAAGGCCUCCGCCUCCGCCGCCGCCGCCGCCGGUGGCUCACCAGGUGCCGCGGGCGCUGCAUACGGGAGCGGCCCCACGAACCGGACCGCUCUGGAGGAAGCCGUCUCAAAACUGGUGUGGCGAGCGUUACUAAAGAAGGAAAGCAUGACGGCCGGCGAUGGUGGCGACGGCGGCGGCAGUGCCGUACCCUUCCGUGCAGUCGCGGAUGGCGGUGAUGUUCCUGUGGGUCCUGUACGAGGCUUGACGGGAACUAACGACCUUCCAACGGACGCGAAUGGCAAUGGCAAUGACAGCGACGGCGACGACGGCGAUGACGCCGCAGCAGCAGCAGCUGCUGCAGCUGCGCUUCGCGGCGCCCUGGAGAAGAACGACGUGGCCGCAGCCUCUGAGGCCGUGGCGGCACUUCUUGAUAGCUUGAGGAUUGGCGACGCGAGGAUCGCAACAAGUUUUGACAACGGCAGCGGCGGCGGUGACGUCAUCACGCCGACGUCGAUUGCCGUGCCCCCCGCAGCCGCGGCCAGCCCGCAGUUAGUGCCCCUCCCGAAGGCGCGUGGCCCCAAGCCGGCGAAGGCGGGAGGGCCAUCCAGGCCGAUCAGGCCAGGACCAAUUGACGGCCCCAACGUGAACGUGGGCCGCGACCUGAACGGACGCACUGCCCGCAGCCGUCAGCUGGCCGAGGCUUCCGUCAACAAGAUCUCGUACGGCCGAGGCAAACGCUAUGCUGACUCCCCCGACGCCACGGAGGAUACGGACGCCGCCGCCCUGGACCCAAUUGAACUGCGCUACAGCACCGGCAGCGGCCCUGGCAACGCGUACGGUAGUGAAUACGACACAGAGGAUACGGCAAAGACGACGGCAACAGCGAGUUUGGCGUCCGAUGAUCAGGUUCUGGAUUUUAUUCAGGCGCUAAUCACUCGCGUCGCCGGGCCGCAGGUCGCCGUCAAAGUGGGCGUCGACGACGGAGGCGGCGCCGCCGCCACCGCCGCAGCCGCCGCCGGCGCUGACGCCAUCCGUACACGCCAAGCGGUGCCGUUUCCGCAAGUCGCCUCCAGAUCGCGCGUGGACGAUAAGCCUGCAAAUGCCAACGUGAAUCCCAUUGUCCUUCCGGGACUUCAACGAUCGGGUCCUGAGAUCAGCCAUGGCGGGGUUGGAAAGCUCUCGGCCCCGUGUCCCCCCUGCAGGUGCUGA